AUGGCAGCUAAUCGAGACGUAGAGAAAUUUGCCGCAACGAGUGAACAGUGGGGUUGGAGGAGGAAUGCUGGGAGAAAAGAAGCGGCACGGUCAGGAGGGGCAUGUAAAGCAGCAGCGUCUACGGGAGCUGCCCAUCAGGAUGCAGCAUAUCCUUGCCUUGACCCUCUACUACAGUCCGAAGAAUUGCACAGGUGUCUUCGAGAGCUUGUGGAGCAUUGGAAGAGAAGCAGCAUAGACGAGGCCGUCAGCAGCAACCCCGAAGCCACGAAGCUGCUGGCAAGGCUCGUCCGACUGGAGCAUGUCGUGCUGUCUCCUUGUGGGCAGGACAUCGUCCGCUUGUUCGUGAGACUCAUGACCACCCUGCGGAGUCCUGAUGAGCGAGGUGAGGGCAUGAAAGCUGACGGCGGGCCGCGGAGGCAGGGCAGCGAGGCGCUGGAUGCCAAGAUGGAGGCGAUGAAGAUUCGUUCGGAAGCCUUCGCGUGCGAGCGUCUCCAUGCUGCAAUAAGGGGUGUGAAGCAUGAUUCCCUGCAUCCCUUGUUCGAUUCGCAGAUGGGGUCGCUCUCAGCAGUUGAGGAGCUGCUGUUCGACCAGGGGUUCAGCCAGGAGGAGAUGCAGGAGACGAUUCGGGAGGAAGCGCUUGCGUCGCUCACGCACUAUGUUGACAUCAUCGACGACGAGGACUCUUGUUACCUCCUCCGGCAUCUUGGUGUCAUUCUUCUGCAUUCAUCGAGAUGCCCUCUGGCCGACGUGCUGGGCGAUAUCGGUGAAAAGAUGCUGAGGAAGGGAUACACCAACCGCAGGGGCGAAGAGGAUGGUGAGGAAUCGAAGUCGAUUGUGUUCAUCCUCGAAUCAGCAGGCUGUGUGACUGGAGAGCUCGAGGUCUUCCUCCUUGCUAACGACAGCUACUACCUCUGGAAAAAGAUCUCAAGCCUACAGGAGACGCUCUUCUCCACGAGCUUCAAGUCAGACACGGAAAUACGCGCUUUACUCCAUCCCCUCUGCGAGGCUGCGCUUCAGAGCCCGUGGGUGCUGAAAGAGCUUCUCAGCGUCUUUGAUGCUUCGCUGCUUGCGAUUCGAAGGCAAGACUACAACAUCCAUAGGAUUCUGCUGGCUGUCCGCCAAGGCCUCGUUGAAGCAUUAGGAAAGAUCUCUCAGGACGAUUCUUUGCACUGGUUCCACUUGUACCCUCGUAGAUCAAGUGCUGUCCUGCAAUACUUCCAUCGCAGGAAUCUGUUCAUGUUCGACAAGGCGCUGAUUGGAAACGCGAUGGAGGAGCGGGAUGUGAGGUUUCUCAAGCAACUUGUGUUCUUCGACACGGCCUUGGACGAUCGCCUCUCGCUGUGGGUGACUUGCAACCACGUCCCAGAGAUGAACGAGCAACUUUUGUCCUUCGUCCUCGGACCUCAGGAAGCGAGCCUGCUGGAGGAUGCGAUGAGACUGUACGCCUGGCUGAUUGACCCGCUGCGAUCUUUCGAUGCGAACAUGCACAGAGCCUUCGUCCAGUGCAGGCAACUUUGGUUUCGUCUACUCGGCUUGCAGACGAGAGAGGAGAUUCUGGCGUCCCAUCUACUGGAGCAAGUGGCUGAUGCGAUCUUCGAGGAGCCUGAGGUAGCAUGCGCCUACUUCAUGCACUGCAUCCUUUCGACGAAAGCAGGAGACUCCAGCUCGAGCUCAGGCGGCCGGGGGUCCCUCAUGUCACUCAUGUGUGUCCUCCUCUACAUCAGGGGAGGUCAAGGCCUGCAGGACAUGGAUGCUCACACCCUGCGCGUCAUCGGAGGAUGGGAGGUUGUUGAAGCCCUCGAGCGGACAGUGAAGGCUAAAGACCUGGGAGGAGGCAACGACGAGGUCUUGAUGUUUCAUGUAGACUUUUUUGACAUCUACGGAUUAGAUAUCUUGUGA